CCCAUCCAGAGCCCAGCAAAAAAACAUUGCAGCCCCAGCUCUCUGACUCACAAGUCCCUUCCCUGCCGUGAUGGCGACUGACAGCACUGCCAAUAGCCCGCCGUACCGGCUCCUAAUCCGGGUGUCUGAGGUCAGCCUUGGAAUCGAAAAGAAGCUGCAAAAAUAUUUCCAGAACACGUCGAAGUCUGGGGGAGGCAAGUGCAAGGUCAGAGUCGGUCCCACUAGCGGCUCUUUCUGGGUAGACUUUAAUAGAAAACAAGCCAAGGAUGGUGUGUUAGCAAAGAGAAAUCACUCUGUGGCAGUCAGUGAUACAUCACGUGUGAAAAUCUUCUUAGAACCAGAUGAAGACCCAGAGGAGAACAAGAACAACACUUUGGAGAUAAGCCAGGUGUCCUCUCAGCCUCCUCCUCAGCCUCCCACUCAGCCUCCUGCCCAGCCUCCUGCUCAGCCUCCCGCUCAGCCUCCCGCUCAGCCUCCCGCUCAGCCUCCUGCUCAGAUUCCCAUUCCGAUUCUCCCUCCGAAUCAGACUCAGAUUCAAACUCUGGCACUCCCAAAGGAAUAUCUAGAUGAGAAGAACCCAGAUGAAGUACGUGCUCUCAUGCCCUCUACUUUCUUCAUUCAAAAGAUAUUUCUCCAUGUUGAGGCCCAGCUGACCUUCAAGCUUUCCAGAGACCAGAAAGAGAUAAUUUUUACCCUCUGCCCAGAUAUCAAAAUAGAGGGAGGCCAUGAUGGACCUGAGAGAGUGAUUGGUGAGUUCGAAGAUAUUGAAAAAAUUUAUCGAUUCUUAACUGACACCAUGUUGGGAAAUGACCCGAAAGAUGAUUUUUCCUACUCAGCCUCAGCAAGUGAAAUUGAGGACGUUAUGCCAAAUGACUGCAACAGUCUUGUUCUUUACUCAAGCCCAAGAAUGGGAAGAGACGAAGAAUUGGACCUUUUGUCAGUUCCUUCACAUUUGUAUGAAUAUUUCAAAUAUUUCUUUGCUGAAACUCUGGACAGAAUAGAAGUUGAGCAUGAAGUACGUAUCAAAAGUGCUUUGGUAUAUCCUACAGGCAACGUGAGUUUAGACUUCGAGACAAAUAGGUUAUGGGACAAAGAAGCAGCUAAAGAAGCUUUUACCAGAACCUUUCAGAGGGAAAUCCAGAACAUGACCCAUAGGGAUGUUCAUUUCACAGAUAAUAAGAUGGUACUUGACAUGCAAAAAACCCUGACCGACAUGUUUCACAACCUCCAUAUUAAAGCUGAAGAAAAAGACUUGGUCCUCUGGGGAAACCAAAAGGAAAUUCUAGAAGCUCAACAAUUCAUUGAAGAGAACUACCCCCAGAAACAACCUGAGGAAACAGCGCCUCCUGAAAACGCAAACACUGGCAUUGAGGUUGAUACUGCUCACUGGCGUGUUCUGGGCCAAGAAAUCAGAGAAAUAGAGAAAACGUAUUACACCGUAAUGGAAUUGGUGCACAAACCCAAAACUCAGAAAACCCUCAUUGUCUUCAAACCAAAAGACAAAGACUUAGACCUCUCUGCACAUGCUUAUGAAGAUUUCAUUGAUAUCUUUCAGAUGCUCUUACCUCAGAUUGUCACAGAGGUAGUGAUCCUGACACCAAUAGACCUGAAGAGAAAAUGUUGGCUUGAGAAUACCUUCUUUGAAAACUUGGAAAAGAAGCACCCCCACGUAAUCCUGGUGUUGUGUAAUCGAGAACUGACUUUGACCGGCUUGCCGAAGUACAUUGAGAAAGCACUGAAAUAUGUCAAGAAAUAUUUUACUGUUGAAAGUGCUGUUCAGCAGAAAGAAGAGCCAGCUCUCUCCCUUGGAGAGAAUUAGAAUAGAGAACCCAAAUGCCCCUGGGACAGAUAUGGUGAUGAUUUCAAGAUGGCUUUACCUUCCUCCAAGAGACUGCCUAGCUGUGGGGACGUAGGAAAAGAGGAGAAGGAGGAAGAGGAGGGGGAGUGUACCAUCCGUCUGGAAAUCAUUCACCACAAAGAAGUCCUCCCAAAGUUCAAGCAUGGGUUCUCUGGCACUUGUAUCAGAGAGGCCAUGAAACAAAAACCAGUGUGCCCGACUUCCUAUCAUAUCAUGAAAGAGAAUCAGCCAGAUGGAACAAUGAAAACCUCUUACAGAACUUCUUCAUUUCCAGGUUGUAAUUCAUGUGAUACUAUUGUGAUUCAUUAUGACAUGUGUGGAAGCAUACAGAUAGAAGAUCAUCCCAACCCAGGAAAAUGCUAUGAAGGAACAAGACAGGUGGCAUACUUGCCAAAUAAUGAAGAAGGAUGGCAGGUUUGCUUCUCCUUGGAAGAGUUUUGACCAAAGGCUGAUUUUCACAGUAGGACAGUCUCAGGCAUCAGGAAUCAAGGAUGUGAUCACUUGGAAUGAUAUUCAUCACAAAAUCUCCAAUUCAUUGGGUCAGGAAACUUUGGUUACUCUGAUCCCAGCUGUCUGCAAUGAGUCAAGCUGGAGCUGAAGGCAAAAGAAAUUGAGUAAGAGUGCUGAAACCUUCAAGGUUGCCUGCAGAUCUGGACUUGCAAAAUCUAUAGCUGUGGAAAGGAGUCAAAGCAAUCAUUGAAAUACAUGUGUGUAGGCCCCAUUCAGAGAAAAAUAAAAGAAUUUGAGAAGAAAUUAGUUUCCUUAGGAGGGAAUGGGAUGAACUGCUAUCUGCUAACCUGUCUAAUUUCUUAGAGUUUUCUUGUUGUUGUUAUUCAAACUGUGCCCUGUUAGGAAUAUAAAAGUUGCUCUAGUGACAACCCAAAGCAUAUCUCUCAGUGCUUUCCUGCCUGUCUCCAUUUUGCUGCUACCAGAGAUGCUGGAGUUAAAGAAUCUUCCAUUGUACCAUUUGCACAAGGUGAUGAUUGAACCUCAGGUCCAUUCAUGUUAUUUGGCGUAAGCUGUUGAUGGCCUCAGAACUCAAUGGUAGCCAGGAACAUUAAAAAGAUUGGAAGACAUCUUGAAGAAAAUUCAUCUCCAAAUACUUAUAUGAGUCCUUCACUUCAGAACAAAAACCAAAUCCAACUAUCUGUCCUUGGAGCUCUGGCAAAUUUAAUGUAAAUUGAGGAGUGGGGAAAGAUGUUUUUGUCAUCAACCGAGUCCAGUGACUUCCCGUCACUUUCAGGAACAAAUAGAAAAGCCUGUAUGGCAUUCAAAGCUCUUCAUAAUCUCCCAUAACCUCCAUGCCCCUCCCUUUACUCCCCCACUAUGUACUUUGUGAUCUGGUGAUACUGACUUCCUUGAUAUUCCCUGUACAAGAAACUCCAUCUCUCUGGAUUGUGCAUUUUCAGUGGAUGUCCACCAUGCCUGGAAUUCUUUUCCUCUUCAUUUCCACUGACCAGCUUCCCUGACUUCUUUCAAGUCCUACCUAAAAUCCCACCUUCUAUGUGAAGCCUUUCCCCAAACCCCCUUAUUACUAGUGCUUUUCCUGUGUAGUUUAUCUCCAAUUUGUCCUGUAUAUAGCUUGUUUGUACAUAGUUGUUUGCAUAUUGUCUUCUCCAUUAGACUAUGAGCUACUUGAGAGCAGAAACAUGUUUUGCCUUCUUUUGUGUCCCCAACACUUAGCACAGUGCCUAGAACAUAGAAGGCACUUAAUAUUUGUUGACUAACUGUGACUAUGGGCAGGCUCAUUGACCUGGGAAUCAGAGUUUCUACAUUAACAGGCAACUGGCAUUGGCUUGUUUGCUGCCCUGGUUCUCUGCCUUCUUAGUGUAUCUUUUGGGGUGUACCUUGUGGUAAUUUCUCUGUUUGUCUAGUCUUAGUGAGACCCCAUUCGUACCCAAAUAUUUUCUGACUUUUAACCUCUACACAAUUGUCUGCUCAAUUUGCCAUUGUUCUAGGUGCCCUCUCAGAAGUGUACUUGUAGGGCAACAGAUGAAAUGCCCAUUCAUCUCUGAAUGAGUCCACUGUUUGUAUUUGCCACAGAAACUAAGCAGAAAUAUUCCUUAGGAGCUGAAAUACUGGAUCCUGUGGCAUUGCUUGGAGAAUGAAAGAGAACCUGUGAUACGGAGAGGUUCCUUUCCCAGUUACAAAUAGCUUAUUUGUGAUAAUGCCACACCCUAUUGUCCCAGUGUAGAAGGCUAAGUGUUGUAGCUCAAAUGAUAUCUAGUUGGUUCUUCUCUAAAUAAUCGAAUCAUCUGGAUCUGCCUCUAUGCUUAUGUGUGAGGAAACAUGAUUUAAUGGCUGUGUGUGAUGCUUCUAAUAAAGUCAUAAUUGUCAUCAGAAAAAA